CUUUUAAAUACGCCAAAGACACAUUUGAAUUUUGGGCGAAGUUACUCGUAAAAAUGAUACGUGCGGUGCUAAUGGUUUUUGGUGUGCUUCAUUGUGUCGUGAGUAUACCGCCUCCGUCUUUUGAUUGGGUCUACAAGAAAUUCCCCGUACCCUUUGAAAAUGCUAACAUAAAAGAAACUGCUACGCAAAUUUCCGUGACACAAAGUUCUGAGACCUCAAGAUUGCUAGGUAAUCCAUUUGCUAAAUACGAUUGGCAUGAUGAGCACACCAAAAAUACUGGAUCUGGUGAUAGAUCACUUACCGAACCAUCAAGUAUUCUUUUUGGCAACUUGGGAGUUGAUUCUCAAACAACAGAGCCAAUCCAAGAAAGUAUCGUAACCGAGGCCUUCCAUGACAGCAAUAAAAGUACUCCUGAAAUCACAUUUUUUCACCUCACCAACGUCAAGAGCAACUCCGACUGCUUGAAAGAUCCUAACGGCAAAUGCAGGGACGAAUACAACUGAAAGAAAUUAAUUAAAUUAUUUUUAGAAGUUCAUAUUUAUUAUUGUUCGUUUAAGAUAAAGUCUACUUGGUUAGUAUAUUGGGCAGUAGUUGAAAAUUCAAACUAAAAUCAUAUUUUCAUUUACAUAAAUAUCGAUUGACUGAUGCGAUUCUGAUAAAGCUUUAUUUCGCAUCACUAUAUUUUUCUUAGAUUUAUUAUGUGAUUAUAAGGCUUUCACCUUGACCUUUACCUUUCCUUAUAAUUUUAAUCGCCGAAAAUUGUUAGGUUAACAAUUUACCGACGUUCUAACCGUACAUUUUCUUUUAAUAGCUAUUUCGAUAUUUAUGAUAAACGCAAUUUGUUGCUAUAUCCCUGAUAAUUUUUAAUUAUUUUUCUGCAGCGAAAUA